UGAUGUACUGGGACAUUGAAGAAAUGGCGCAGGGCGGAGCUUCAGCUUGUAGUACGUGUGCCUCUUCACAGUGAGAGAGUUAGCUCUACAGCACAGAAGAAGUCGAAAUUAUGGUGUUACUCGAGAAUGAUUCGUUUCUCACAGAGCUCACUCGGCUCUUCCAGAAGUGUCGAACAUCAGGAAGUGUUGCCAUCACACUAAAGAAGUAUGAUGGUAGAACUAAACCAGUUCCCAAAAAAGGGCAUCCGGAGUCAUUUGAACCUGCUGAUAACAAGUGUCUCAUCAGAGCAUCUGAUGGCAAGAAGAAAAUUAGCACAGUGGUCAGCACCAAAGAAGUAAUCAAGUUUCAGAUGGCAUACUCCAAUCUUCUAAGAGCUCACAUAGACGGUCUUAAGAAGAAAGAUAAGAAAAGCAAGAGCAAGAAAACCAAAGCCACACAAUGAGCGAUGGACUUUUAAUGGAAACGGUGGCUAGCUGAGCUGUCCAUUACAGGUUGAGGGGACGGUAAGGGGGAGCUCCUUGUGAUGAUGUGAUCUCCAACUCCACUCAGCUCUCCUCCUGCUCACCUCAAACCUCAGAAUCAGAAUCCUGGUGACUAUGUACACAAGAUGCCAUUGUUUACAUGGUGAUGCUUUAUCGCCUGGCUUUUCAGUGUCAUCUGGUGAUUAAGAACAAGACCUGAGGAUUUUCAUUUUCUUGUACAACAUGGAGCAUGUCACCAUUUUAUUGAAUCCUGCUUCCCCUGGGGCCAACCCCACAGAGUCCAAUUCUUGGCAGGUUUUGAUUUUUGCUUGUUGAUCCUUAUUUAUGUUGUGCAGGGUUGGCUUUUUAAUUUAGAAAAAAAAAAAAA